AUGGUUAUUAAGAAGGACUACAAGGAACUUGGUCGCGAGAUCAGAAAGCACUACUGGGACACCGUCAACAAGACGAUCGAACUCUUCCCCUUCGACGACGCUGAAACCAAGCAAGUCAUGCUUGACCUCCCCCGGGCGUUCGGCGAGGACAUGGCCGACCACGGCAAGCCCGCCGAGUUCCCGGUUCAGGUCUACCAGGAAAAGUUGCCCAAGAAGGUGCAAGAGAUCAUCUACAUGGAGCCCACCAAGCUCAUUGCCAAGAUGCAAAAGGGCGAGCUUAAGGUGUACGACGUCAUUCGCUACUACUUCCACGCCGGGUUGUUUGCCCUGAUGCUCACCAACUGCAUCUACGAGUUCUUGCCCGAGCGGGCCUUGGACCAGGUGAAGAAGCUUGAAAAGCUUCAAGCUGACGGGGCCGACAUGGCCAAGUACCCGUUGUUUGGCUUGCCCUUGGGGGUGAAGGAAAUGAUCCCAUUGAAGGGCUACGCCCCCACCCACGGGUCCCCCUGCCACUUGGACCGUAUCACCAACUACGACGCCCAAAUCGUUGAAAUCUCGGAACGCCUUGGUGCCGUCACCAUUUGCCGUGAGACUAACGUCCAGUCGUUGAUGGCCCUUGAAUGUGAACUGUGGGGCCACGGUUUGACCGUUAACCCGUUCAACUCCAAGCUUGCCCCCGGUGGGUCGCUGGGUGGUUCGGGUGCCACGGCCGGGAUGAGAGCGCUGGCGGUGUCGUUGGGCUCCGACAUUGGUGGUCUGAUCCGUUCCCCUGCUGCCUGUAACGGGGUUUACGGGUUGAGACUGACCCUUGGCCGUAUCCCCACCCUGGACUACUUCUCGUGCCAACGUGGUUCGCAACUGAUCAUCUCGGUUACCGGCCCCAUCACCCGGUCGUUAAAGAUGGCUGAGCUUUUCAUGAAGCUGAUCGUUGCCGCCGAACCGUGGUUGAUGGACCCGUCGCUUGCCCCCAUCCCCUGGAAGCUGCCUGAGCAGAAGAAGUUCCGCGUCGGGUUUGUUGAAUGGGACGGCAACGUCAUGCCCCACCCUCCCAUCCUCAGAGGUAUCCGGGAAGUGAAGGAAAAGCUUUCCAAACUUCCUAACGUCGAAGUGGUCGAGUUCAAGCAAUUUGGUGUCGACCGCUCCAACGAGAUCUUGGGCCACCUUUACUUUGAAGACGGUGGUGCCGACACCAGAGCCAAGUGUGAAGCUACUGGCGAGCCCAUCUUGGAACAGGUGCACUGGGCCAUUGACGACGCCAAGGAGUUGACCUGGCCCGAGCAAUGGGACUGGAACAUCAAGAAGGACGAGUUCCGCAAGGACUACCUCAAGCACUGGAUGCUGUACACUAACGACAACGGCGAAAAGUUGGACGCUGUCAUUGGUCCCGUGUACCCGGCGGUGGCGCCUAAGCACAAGACCGCUAAGUACUGGCUGUACACCUCGUUGUACAACACCUUGGACUUGCCUACCCUUGUCGUCCCCGUGGGCACCGUUGACCCGGCUAAGGACAAGCCCAACACUGACUACAAGCCUGCCAACGACAUGGAUAAGUUCUAUCAAUCGAUUUACGAGCUGGCCGACGAGUACAAGAACGCCCCCAUCGCCGUCGGUGUCACUGGCAUGAGAUUCACCGACGAAAAGUUGUUUGACAUUGCCCGUCUCUUUGCCAAUGAAGACGAGUAA